AUGCACAGAAAUCUACACGGAAUUUGGGAUCCUUGCAUUUCUUGGCUGUAUCCUUACAUGCAAAAAACUCAGCAGAAGCGCAAAGGCGGUCAAAUCAGAUUUACUAAUGAGCAGACGGAUGCUUUGGAACACAAAUUUGACUCACAUAAAUACCUCAGCCCACAAGAGAGAAAGAAGCUAGCCAAAUCUUUGAGCCUCAGCGAACGUCAGGUUGGGCGACGACCUGUGGUGAAAGCUAAGCUCGCCGUGGCAGGGCUGCUUAGUUUGGGGAAAAGUCUUUUAGCCACUCCAGCAGGUUCACUACCUCACCACCCUUCACACUGGGUCCUGCCGUCUCAGACGUCGGGCGGUAUGGUGACCGACUGUGUACUUACAACGGUGUCCACAGACGCUGAACUGUAUCCUCUUCUCAGAGCAGCAGAGCGUAUCAAAUUUCUGAUUGCUCUGCAGGAGACCAAGUGCAGAAGGAGCGACGCACGACAGAUGAAUGACGGUACACUCGCCAUUCCUGGAGAGAAAGUUCCGUCGCGAAAUAUCGUGUCACCUCUUUUGGCCAUUCUUCGCCUACGCCCUCUGCGCCGAAAACCCAUCAGCAUCCUCAACUACUACUCACCAACAUCAGCAGCUGAUGAAUCCGCAAUGGACGCGUUUUGCGAGGAGCUGGAGGAAGUGAUGCCCAACGAGAAGCCCUUCUACAAAUUCGUUGUCGGAGACUUCAACGCAAAACUAGGAAAGGCCACAGAAGAGGAAUACAGGUACUUUGUACUACUAAUCUAUGGGCUACUGUACUCAAGCGCUAACUUUUAUGUGGGUACUAGUGUGCUGGCUGUUCUGGUUUUCGGUAUUGAAACUAAACGUCCUAUCUUAAGAUUAACUAAAAGGUCGCAGUUUAUUCCUGAAAACUUUUAUGCGCUUGUAUUGUUCCAUGCAGAUAGAAUGCCAACAUCGUGUGUGGUUGCAAGAAUAAUAAUUGUUUUAGCUUUACAAAACGUUGCGAAUUCCUUUAGACAACGAGACUACCAACGUCCCGUUUGUUCUGAGGAACAGACGUGCUCGUAUGAAGCUCUCGGUGUGGUGUUUGCACUAUGUGAUUGUCCCGCAGAAGAGAAGACAUGUCCUCAAGAUCCAAAAAAUGCUAUUGAGCACAGGAAAACACAGUACUUUUUUUGCUCACGUCGAAAUGUGCCCGUGUGUGAAGAUGGAGAUAUAUCGACUACAGUAACUGGGAUUCAAACGGCCAUUCAUUGUAUUUGUGAUGAAGCAUAUGAUCUUGUCCAGGAAAAAAGUGUGGAUAAAGGAACAACUAUUUAUGCUUGUCAGCAAAGACGUCUCUGCAACCCCGAAGAGGAUUGCGGAUUAAGAAGCUUUGUUGGCGAGAUGAGAGUUAACAAAAGGCAAGGAAAGUCAUUUUGGAUAGGAAACAAUAAGGUAGAAUCGGAAAUCUGCCCAGAGCAACACUUUAUGUUCAGGAUGAUGUUUUGCAAAUACCACGAAGAUGAGUGCUGGUCAGAUCCUGAUCACUUUGGAUUAGAGCCUGAAACAACUCCUACGCAUUUUACUGAAGAAGAAGCGAGACGAAAUGUACGCAAUGAUAAAGAAGUGUACGUCGAAGGAACACUAUUGUGCUCAAUACCUAGAAGAUCGUUUCUGGAUGAGAAUAGUGGAUGGGUCGAUUUCGAUUUGCAAUUCUAUUCGAUCUAA